AUGAAAAAAAUAUCUUUUGUGACAACAAGCUCUUUUUUUGUUAAAAGUAUUAGAUAUACUUCUACUCAAGUUGACAGCAUACCAUCAAAAUAUGCUACAACAUUCAAACAUUCUGAUCUUUCAAUAGAAAUUUCACCACAACAUAAAUUAAAAACAAAACCAAAGGAUGUUUCAUCAAUAAAGUUUGGGUCAGAAUUUUCAGAUCAUAUGAUGUCUACUAAUUGGGAUAGUAAAAAUGGAUGGAAUAAUCCUGAAAUUACACCAAUGAAAAAUUUUACUUUACAUCCCGCAUCUAAAUGUCUUCAUUAUGCAACACAACUUUUUGAAGGAAUGAAAGCUUAUCGAGGAAUUGAUAACAAAAUUAGACUUUUUAGACCAGAACAUAACAUGGAAAGAAUGAAUUCAACAGCUAUUAGAUGCGCAUUACCGACAUUUGAUGGUGAAGAAUUAAUUAAAAUUAUUUCUGAAUUAGUAAAUAUUGAUAAAGAAUGGGUUCCUUAUAGUGAUGUUGCAUCUUUAUACAUAAGACCAACAUUAGUUGGAACAGAAGGAACAUUAGGUGUUGCUGAUUCUUCAAGUGCCAAAUUAUUUGUGAUAACUGGACCAACAGGAGCAUAUUAUCCUACUGGUUUUAAACCAAUCUCAUUACUAGCUGAUUCAAAAUAUGUUAGAGCAUUUCCUGGAGGUGUAGGACAAUAUAAAAUGGGUUGUAAUUAUGCUCCAACUGUAAUGGUUGGUAGGAUUGCUACUGAUAUGGGAUGUCAACAAGUUUUGUGGUUAUAUGGAGAAAAUGAAGAUAUUACUGAAGUUGGAACAAUGAAUUUAUUUGUUUAUUGGAAGAAUGAAAAUGGUGAAGAUGAAUUAAUAACACCUUCUCUAUCUAGAGGAAUAAUAUUACCAGGUGUUACAAGAAAAUCAUUAAUUGAAUUAGCUACUGGAUGGAAUGAAUUUAAGAUAUCAGAAAAAGACUUUACAAUGCAUCAAUUAAAAAGGGCUUUAAAAGAAAAAAGAGUAUAUCAAAUAUUUGGUUCUGGUACAGCUUGUGUUGUAUCACCUGUUGGAAGAAUUCUUCAUAGAAAUAAAGAUAGUGAUAAUUUUGAAGAAUUAAUUAUUCCAACAAUGGAAGCUAAAAAUAAUGUUAUGCAACGUCUUUAUACUGCCAUUAUGGAUAUACAAUAUGGAAGAGUUGAAAAAGCUGAAUGGACAAGAGUAAUUAGUUGA